AUGUUCACAAAACUAUUAAUUUGUUUUCUAGUAUUUAAAGUGGUGACAGCACAAAUAAAUGGCGAAUUCUGGUGGUUAAAUGACAAAUUGGCCAAGUUGAACAAUGUGGAACCACCGCGGCCCAAAUUCGAUGAAGUUGGUGAAUUUGAUACUGACGAGAGCGCCAAAGUUGUGUUUCGAGAUAGUUUGUACAAUACAGAAGAAGAAAACAGUUUUGACAUCACAACAGUUCGAACAGAACUUAGAGAAGCAAUAGUGUAUUUCAGGGAUAAUAGUAAACCUACAAAUCCAGUUAAUGUGAGUGAGGAGCUCGAUAUAAAUGCAGCUGAAAAUAAUGAAAUUAAUUAUGUAAAUAAACGUAAAACCAAAAAUUACAAUGAAGAUAUUCUUAACUUCAUAUUCCCUAGUGAUAAGGAAAUUCUAAAAGACGUGACUAUAAGUAACAGAACAUCAACAAUACUUACAUCAGAAAAUUAUACGGAAACAAAUAUUAACAAAAAUGAGACUUUUAAUGAUAAAAUAUUAUUUGAUACAAUCAAAGAAGUAUCGUUAACAGAAAAUAUUUGCACUUAUAUGAAGAAAAGCGAAUGCAAUCGCUAUAAUGGACUCCCUUACGCACCUGAAACCAGUCUUAACUCAAAAAGAUAUUCAAGAAAUUCUGAGAAAAUUUGUUGCAUUCUUCCAUUGACAAAACAAACAUCUUCUAAAAUAAGUUUUCCUGAUUCGAGCACCUAUAAUUAUAACCGUUUAAAACGAUCAACAAACGAAACGGAUAAAAUUAGUCCAGCGCUUAAGCAGAGAAACGUUUUGUUGCAAAGAAAAUAUGGAUCUCAAAUGCGGGGUACACAACGAGCUAUAUCAACAACACAAAAACCUUUACAGAAAAUUGUUACACCUGGCGAUGAUUACAUCGAUCCAUAUUUGAAUAUCAAAAACUCAAAUUUGAGGCCUCCUGAUAAACAACAAGAUUAUCAAACAGGAAGUUCCCAGCAGGAUAAUUAUAAUGAUUAUGUUGAGGAUUAUUACGCUCCAGAACUUCCGAAACCAGGUCUAGUAGGUCUUUAUUCCAAUCAUAGACCAUUAUACUGGACUUUUGUAAGUGCAAAUAAGUGGACACCUUACGAUAACGUUGAGAGCGGAGAAGAAAUCGAUUCUAUUGGUUAUCCAGCAAUUGAUCCUCGAGAUGGAUCUUCGACGACGGCUCCCAACUUUAAACGUAGACUUUUAAAACUAAAUACAAAUUCAAAGAACAUGUACAAGGCAAAAGAAAGUAAAGUCAGUUAUCACUCAAAUCCCGACUUCCAAGUGUUACAAAGAUUUAAACUUCCUAAUUUAAUGACUAGAAAUAAGCCCCGUCCAAUACAUAUUUCAAGUUAUACCUCAACGACAGAAAGUCUCGCAGAGAAUAGUGAAGCAGACCCUAAUUUUGAGUCGUACAUUGAUAACGAUUAUGAUGAUUAUAUUGACAAUAUGCAGCUAGCAUACAGGAAAUGUGGGAGAACAAGAGAAAAAAAUUUAGAAAAUUACAAUUGUGGCAAAGCGUUAGGCGAUGCUGCACGAGGAUCACACCCAUGGCUUCUUCUAGUGGUGCUGACCAAAAUGCAGAAAAGCAUACUUUGUUAUGCGACUCUAAUACAUGCACGUGCCGCCGUGACUGCUGCUGACUGCACUUAUGGACUCUCCCCUGGUGAUAUCACUAUUAUCGCUGGAGUAUGGGACCUUAAAGAAGAUAAUCAAGCCCAAUUGCAGCAUCGCUUGGCCUCUGUACACGUACAUCAACAGUAUUUACCUGGAAAAUUGGCUUAUAACAUAGCUCUUCUGUACUGGGAACGUCCGCUGAGACUAGGUUCAGGUGUACUACCCGCAUGCGUUACGGAUGCGAAUGUUAAAGCUACCUGCAUGUUCGUCGGAUGGGGUGGAUACGAUCAAGCCAUACAUCAACGUCCACGCUGGCAACGUGUCUCCAUUUUGUCUCCUCGAAAUUGCGUUGAACGAAUUUCUAUAGAUCAUGGAUAUGAUUUUCCAAUCGACGCGUUCUGUGCUUCUGUUGAAUUCAAGACUACUGUUACUGGUCUAGGCGGACCCCUAAUGUGCACAACUGGUGAUGUAUUCUCAGUGGUGGGUGUUGCUGUUUGGCGCGAUGAUGUAGUCGUACUGAUAAAAGUACGGGAAUGGGUGACAAAGGCCUUAUUAUCUUUCGAGGAUUGA